UUUUUUUUUUUUUUUUUUAUUUGCGCCAUCAUGUCAUCUGCUAGACGCCAACUUUUUAGACUUUCUGGAACACUCUCUUCUGCUCGUGUCAUGGCUACUAGAGCCACUGCUCGUGCUGCUCCUUUGUUGGCCAAUCAAGCUCGUCAAUUCAGUUCAUUGCCAAUGGCUAAUAUGACUGCUCUUCGUGCUGUUGCUACUCCUAUGAUGAAGGACAUUCGUUUUUAUAGUUCAAAGUCUUUCCCUGAACACAACAUUAUUGCUAUGCCUGCUCUUUCCCCAACUAUGACUCAAGGUGGUAUUGGUGCAUGGCAAAAGGCAGUCGGUGACGAAGUUCAACCUGGUGAUGUUUUGGUGGAAAUUGAAACUGACAAGGCUCAAAUGGAUUUCGAAUGUCAAGAAGAAGGUUUUUUGGCCAAGAUCUUGGUAGAAACUGGUGCUAAGGAUUUCCCUGUUGGAAAGCCUAUUGCUGUCCUUGUCGAAGAUAAGGAUGAUGUUGCUGCUUUCGAAAACUUCACUGUGGAUGAUAUUGAAUCUGCUGGUGCUGCUACUCCUGCUCCUGCUACUCCUGCCAAGGAAGAAGCUCCCAAGGAAGAAGCUGCUGCUCCUGUCCAACAAGAAACUUCUGCUCCUUCUGGUGGUAAUGUCAAGGCCAGCCCUUACGCUAAGAAAACCGCUUCGGAACGUGGUCUCGAUAUCUCUCAAGUUCAAGGUACUGGUCCUUCUGGUCGUGUCGUCAAGGAUGAUGUGGAUAACUUUAAGGCUGCUCAACCCGCUGCUGCUGUUACUGCUGCUGCCACACCUGUUGCUGCUCCUCCCGCUCCUGCUUAUGCUCCUCAAUCAGCCACUGGUGAAGCAUACACUGACAUUCCUGCCAGCAGCAUGCGCAAGAUCAUUGCUUCUCGAUUGACUGAAUCCAAGCAACAACUUCCUCACUACUACUUGACUGUGGAAAUCAACAUGGAUAAGAUCAACAAGUUACGUCAAGUACUCAACACAUCUGCUGAAGGCAAGUAUAAGUUAUCUGUGAAUGACUUUGUGGUCAAGGCUGCUGCUUUGAGUUUGAAGAAGGUACCUGAAGCUAAUGCUGCUUGGCAAGGAGACUUUAUCCGUCAAUACAAUACUUCUGAUGUAUGCGUUGCUGUGGCUACACCCACUGGUUUGAUCACUCCUAUCAUUGGUAAUGCUGAAACUAAGGGUUUGGCUGAUAUCUCAUCUCAAGUUCGUGAUUUGGCUACUCGUGCUCGUGCUGGCAAGUUGGCUCCUCAAGAAUACCAAGGUGGUUCCUUCACCAUCUCCAACUUGGGUAUGUAUGGUAUCAAGAACUUUACUGCUAUCAUCAAUCAACCUCAAGCUUGUAUUUUGGCUGUUGGUGGUUCUCAACAAAAGGUUGUCGUCGAUGAAACCUCUGAAUCUGGCUUUGGUGUUCGUGAUGUGAUGGAAGUGACUUUGAGCUGUGAUCAUCGUGUGGUUGAUGGUGCUGUUGGUGCUACUUGGUUGCAAGCCUUCCGUGAAUACAUGGAACAACCUUUGAAGAUGAUGUUGUAAAGAGACUUCUUAGUUCUUUUAGAUAUAUAUUCAAAUACAUACAUACACACAUUUUCCCCUAUCAUCUCUUUUUAUUAGAUAGUCUACUCUUUAUAUACAUGCUUUUUUUUUUCGUUUACAUUUUCCCUCCGCCUUGUUGAUAGUCUACUUGCAAAUCUUAAUAAAGAAAAACAAGAAAAAGAUUUAGUCUUAUGAUUUAAAUUCUAUUCUUUUGUGUCAGCGCCCGC